AUGAAUAGCCAGUAUUCGAAUAUUAAUUACUCGCAUGGGACGUCAGAUCACGAAGAUCAAACCGGUCCAGAGUUCGUCUCUGCUGGAGUUUCGCUCUUCGUUGGAGGUGGAGCAUGCGGUGGCGGGGUGUUGUAUCGACAAAGAACGGCACCCGCACCUCGACCUCCAGCCCAUUUAGUCCCCCCAGCCUCGCACGACCGGCUAUGGAUGUGGAGAUGUUUUAACUAUACGAACCAGCUAUCGACAGACGGAGUGACAAUCUCAGCACCAUCCGAAGCUGGUCGAUGGUCGCUAUGGGCUCUUUCUCUAUCGAACCGCGGACUUCGCUUCUCAGCUCCACGCACUAUAAAUGUCUUCCGUCCUAUUCAACUGGAUUUUGCGCUUCCUCCUGCUUUAAAAGUUGGCGAAACUGUUGAAGUAGAUGUGAAGAUCACGAACAACAUCAAUAAUUGUAUGGACGUAACCGCUCUAUUGGCUCUGAGCGCUGGUGCAGCUUUUGCGAGCACCGGAGCACUAUACGUCACUGAACGGCUGCGCCUUGGACCACGCGGGGGAACACAACUGGUCGUUAGAGUCGCCGUCAACACUCCUGGAAGGAAGAACAUAACUGUGGAAGUCACCGGAUACAGCGCCGACAACUGUUCCGUAUCUUACACAUCUUUUAACAACGAAACUCUGGUCGGCUCUGUGAUAAGAUCAGCUAGUGUUCUAGUGUUGCCGGAAGGUUUACACAGGAGCGAUACGCAAAGCGCAUACUUCUGUGCUAAUGAACAUCUGGCCGUUUCUUCUCGGGGAUCGUGGGAGUGGCAAUGGGUAGCAGCGCCGCGCAACCGUGCUGGUCUAGUCCUCGAGCUUCGGGCACAAGGCGCUGCGCAUGUCGCCCUUUCGGCUAUACGCGAGCCUUCGGACAAUAUGUACAGAGUUGUGUUUGAGAGAACUCGUGUUUGGAUCGCUAAGGGAAAACAUGGUUACGACGUUCACUUAGCCAGCGCAGAACAAACGGAGAGUGAUGAUGAAUGCUCAGGAGCUGAGUCGUGGUGCGCUUGGUGGGUAUGGUGGGAGGGAGGGAGACUGUCCGUCGGUAGAGGAGCGGCACCCUCUGAGCGGAGACUGCUGGUGUGGCCGUUGACUUCAGAUAUGAGAAUAAAUUACGUCGGCUUCAGCGCAUUGUGGGGAGAGAAAGCUGACUUCAGAAUAUGGAACUUCAACGAAGAAGCAGGCUUUUCUCAAGUAUUAGAACUCGGUCUGCCUCACGGUGUAGUGCCGGGUUCGGCUAGUGGAACACUUCUCGUAUCAGGCGGUCUGCAUCUUCCCUUAUACAGCUUACAAACCGAUUCUGCUGAUCAAUGGGCUUCAGUGUGGAGAGAUUCCCAGUUAUCAGCUGCAGCAGCGAGUUUAGCGCCGUUGUUAGCGUUGGAGCACAUUCCCCACUUGGUCGAGGAUGCGGAAAGAGAAAGAAUACUGAAAAAACUACCCGAACAGGUUCAAAUCCUUUUAUCGUUUCGUAAGAAUGACAACUCAUUUAGCGACCAUCCUGCGAUGAGUAGUCACUUGUCUACAAUAAAAAUAUUGGAGAUAUUAACCAAAAUACAGUCCUAUUACCCCAUCGAUCCUGACUUACUCCAGAAAAUAAGAAAAUGGAUUCAAUCGAGGCAAGACGCUGACGGGUCAUUUUCACCAUUACCUGCUGACAAAGAAGUUGACUAUUACCAAGUAGAAAUGAAAAAUUCCAAUGGAACUGAAAUGGAAGUAAACGAAUAUUAUUAUUAUGAUAAAGAUGGAAACAUGACAGAAAAGGAAAUAGAAUUGGAAAGGAGAGCCGAAGUAACGGCGGAAACUUUGGCUGCAUUGCUAGAAGUUGGUGUAGAAAAUCAGUUUGAUGCAAAUGUUGCGAAGAGAUCUCAAGCUUACCUGGAAAAAAAUAUAUAUAAUCUCACAUCACCGGCUGCACUUGCUGCAACAGUUCUGGCCCUCGUUCUUGCAAGGAGUCCAGUUGUCCCUGAGGCUUUGGCAAUAUUAAGGAACGCUUCCACUACCGAAGAGGGUGAGUUUGGAUGGCCAGCUCCAAGAAAAGAUGCUGCAGAUUGGCUGUUGGAAGAAACUUCGAGAAACAUUAAAACUACUUCCUACGAAGCUGUUACAAUGGAGCAAUACGUCGCCGGUGUAAGAGUUCUUCUAGCAGCUUGCGCAAGAGGAGCGUUAGCUGAAGGCGAGGCAGCAGCUCGCUUCCUAUACUACAGGGCGUCCACGCUUCAACGACACCCCAGUUUAGCGUACAGUGCAACGAAAGCCGCAGCCCAGUAUGCCGCAUUAGCUCAUGAUAGACAUCGGGCUCUUACUGUAUCACUGGCAACGGCAGGAAUGGAACUUACUGAUACAUUGGAAUUGCGGGCUAAAACGCCUCCGAGACCUUUACAACUGCCUGGCUUGCCGACUAAAGUUUUUGUUUAUGCUACGGGCGCAGGAUGUGCAACUGUCCAGGGAACAAUUUCUUACUCUACUUACUCGCCAAAACCAGAGAAUGCUCUUUUAAAUAUUCAAGCUGCGAUCAUAGAAGAAAUACAUCCGGAAAGAAGUAGUAUUGAGGAUCUACAAGGAAACUUACCCACUCUUAUCAUAAAAACGUGUUUCAAAUGGAAAAGUAAGGAACGUUCCGGUAUUCUACGUCUUGAGUCAUCGCUUUUCUCUGGAUAUGAAUUGCAGUCAGUCAACCCUGUAGUACUAGAUGGUGCAACUUUUGCUGACUUACAUUAUGGUUCCAGGGGAGAAUCGGUUUGGUUCGUUUUUGCCAAUAUCAGUUCAACCUGUCCUGUUUGCGUUACUUACGAAACACGAUCAAAAUUUGUAAUCACAAGUCUGAGACCAGCAUUUGCCAAGAUAUACCCCUCCACACGUCCAGACUUAGCUGUCGAAACAUUCUUCCAUGCUCGACCAGGUAGUCCAUUACUUCGAGGUAUAACCGAUGAUGACUUUAUAACUUGGUUUGAUAAAACUGAGAUAGCAACCCUCACAACCACAGAAAGUAUUGACAACAUUUGCGAAUGUGGGAGGAUAUGCAGCAGAGAUUAUGAAUUUAGGAAAUUAAAUGAAAGUGGCCAUACCAUAUUAAAUUUGAAAACGAAUGAGAGUCCCGCUGAAGUAAUUGAAAUUGUAACAGUUUCUGAAAUAAUUGACGUUGCGACUAAUACAACUCCAGUGUCUGAUGCUACAUAUCAAAAUACAAGCAAUAGCACUGCGCUACCGCUAACAACACCUCAGCCAACUUUAGUAAAUAUAAAAAUAGAACAAAACAAAACUAACACGGAGCAUUUUCGCUAUAAACCAAAAAACGCCUCUAUUGAACACUUAUUAUCAAAAACAAACAAUGAAUCACAAAAUAAUGUGACUGAGAAUCAAAAGCUUGAUAAUAAUUUAGAACCAAUGAUAUCUGUAGUUAAAUAUGAGCACAUAAUGCAAAAGUUACCUAAAUAUUUUCCAAAGAAAGAUGAAUCAAAAAAGAAAUUUCUUCCAAGGAGAAAAGGUACGCUUAAAGCUACAUAUGGAGAUAAACAAGAAAAAUUCUUUGCAAAAUCGAUUAUUGCCAAUAAUACAAUCUCUAACAAGACACAUUAUGAAAAUAUAAAAAUAUCGAAAAAAGCCAAUAUAACAUUGGGACAUUCUUUUGUUGCAAAAAAUCAAAAUAAAACUGAAAUAAACAUUACGGAUUCAAUAGACGAUCUAAAAAUCGAUAAUAAAUCUAUAAAAAUACUGAAUUAUAAAAAGAAUACAUUAAAUAAUACAGUUUAUUCACACAAAGAGACCACAAUUAUACCUCAUACUAUUGCAGCGAUAACUAAAAGUAAUAUACAAACAAUGCAUUAUAAAACAAAAAAACCAAAUCCAAUAACACAAAUAAAAAAGCCCCAAAUAAUUCUUUAUUCUAAAAAUACUACAAAUACUAAUAUGAACGAGAAAAAUAAAACUUAUAUUAAAAUAAGUAAAAUUCAAAAUAAGCCGUCUACUACUGAAAAGUCUGCAAAAUCUCUGAAAUCUAUUAACAAGGAAAUACAUAAAAUUCCGCCGACUCCAAUAUCUGAAACUUCUAAAGCUCUUGCUGAUCCUGUAAAAUCUGAUAUAGCGCCAGAAAACAAAGGUGGUUAUGAAAUUUUAGAUAAAAAUCGCCUUUGGGGGCUACUUAAGGAAGGUAGUGAGGGUGAAAUGACAAAAGUAGAAGACAAACCACAGGUAAAAGACAGGUUAAGCAUUGUGUCAAAUCUUACACAAAAUGAUAAUCGAUCUUUAUAA